AUGUCCAUCGAACCAAUACUCCUGAUUCAUGGCGGUGCGGGUGAUAUUACCGAUGCCCGUGUACCGGGCAAAUUGGUUGGUAUGAAAAAAGCCUUACGCUCUGCCAUUGAACAUUUGAUUCCACCAAAUGGCGGUGAAGGCAAUGCCUUGGAUGCCGUCGAAGCAGCUGUCCGAUCUAUGGAAUGUGAUGAGAAUUUUAAUGCUGGCUAUGGUGCAUGUUUGAAUUUGGAUGGCAAGGCUGAGGUGGAGGCUAGCAUCAUGGAAGGUGAUAAGUUGCGGGCAGGAUGUGUUACUCUGCUACAUGAUAUAAUGCAUCCUAUAUCGGUGGCCCGCUAUGUUAUGCACAAGACCAAUCACACCUUUUUGGGCGGUGCGGCGGCACAGAAAUUUGCCCUGGAGCAGGGAUUCGAACAAUUGCCAGAUGGUUCCCUAGUAACAGAUGAUGCACGACGGGCAUUGGAAGAAUUUAAGGAGCGACAAGCAAAAGGUUUGGAUACUAUAUUUUCUCGCACUGAACUUGAUGCCGAAAAAUCUACCAAAGACGAGGGAAAACAACGAGUUGGUGAAUCUGGCAGUACAGUGGGCGCUGUGGCCAUUGACGCGAAAGGUAACAUUGCUGUUGCCACCUCCACAGGUGGUAUAACUGGAAAAGUGCCUGGCCGAAUUGGUGAUACCCCUCUACUGGGUUGUGGUACAUAUGCUGAUAAUAAAAUUGGCGGCGUUUCAACAACAGGGCAUGGUGAAACAAUUAUGCGUUAUAAUUUGGCACAGAAAAUAUUGGGCAAAAUACAAUAUGGUAAUAAGACGGCCCAGGAAGCGACGGAGGAAGCUUGUAAUGAAAUGACGGAACGUUUAGUGGGUACCGGUGGUGCUAUAACAAUUGAUGCCACGGGUAAGGUGGGCAUUUACUGGACUUCGCGACGCAUGGCUUAUGCCUAUGUUAAGGGCAAUCGAUUGUUUUCGGGUAUAAAUAAAAAUGAACAAUUCGAAGAGGAUUUGUAA